AUGACUGACAGUGCCAGCGACAGUGUCGACGAUAAUGAGCACGGACUCGCCAAAAGCCCCGUCAUCAAACUCUGCGCCCAAGAUUCCAAACCGUCAAGGCCCGAUCUCGAUCCCAAGACCGCGUCUGCUGACACCGCGACCGUCACGGCUACGAUCUCCGUAACUCCUGCUUCCACUGCAACCAUCCAGUGCCCCCAGGUCAACGGCACACUUUACACGGAUAGCCGCGGAGGAAAGAGAUUCAGGCGGGUGUGCGGAAUCGACUACAGCGGCGAAGGAGAGGCUGUCGACAUUGGCAACGUCAAGGUGGGCAGUUUAGACGCCUAUAUCGACGCCUGUGCGUCGACAGCAGAUUGCACUGGCGCUGGCUGGGGCAUCAUCGACGGCGAUACGGGGCCACUCCAUACGUGCUGGAUGAAGACGAACCUGACCAAACAUCACGAGGCGCGGCCAGACUGGGGCUUUGCCGUGCUGCUGGCGAACAAUGGAACAACCGUUGGGGAAAAUUGA